AAUAACCCUCCAGUUGGAGCUCAGUUGAAGGGUCAUGACAGCUGAGAAAGCGAGCCGUCCCAGGAUUCAGGCGGUGAGCAGGGUCGCUGUUCAUCUAAAGCCACUCUGGACUGGAAAGCCAAAUUCUGUGCAAUAAAGAGGAUCCGAUUCUACUUUAUCUGUGUCAUCUUAAAGACUUCUCAGAUGGCUGUGCCUAUAAAUCCCAUGGAUGAGCCCAGGGUGUACCAGCAGACUCUCCUCCAGGAUGGCCUGUAUGAUUUGCUGGAGAACGACAAGCUGGUGGACUGCGUCCUGAAGAUCAAAGACAAGGAGUUUCCUUGUCACCGCCUGGUGCUGUGUGCCUGCAGCUCAUACUUCCGGUCCAUUUUUUUGUCUGACCUGGAUGAAAGCAAAAAGAGAGAAAUCGUGCUGGAGGACGUUGAGCCCGGUGUCAUCGGUCUGAUCCUCAAGUACCUGUACACCUCCAAGAUCAAUGUCACAGAGCAGAACGUCCAGGACAUCUUUGCCGUUGCCAACAUGUACCAGAUUCCUUCAAUUUUCACUGUUUGUGUGUCUUUCUUACAAAAGCGCCUCAGCCUCAGCAAUUGCCUGGCUAUCUUCAGGCUCGGUUUGAUGCUGGACUGCCCCAGGCUGGCUGUCUCCGCCCGGAACUAUGCCUGCGAGCGUUUCCAGCUCAUCUCCAAAGACGAAGACUUCCUCCAGCUUAACGCGACCGAGGUGGCAGCCAUUUUGACGAAUGACAACUUGAACGUGGAGACGGAGGAGGUUGUUUUCGAGGCUCUGAUGCGAUGGGUGUGCCGGGACACCGAGAGCAGAGAGAAAGAACUCCCAGAUUUGCUGGACUGCGUUCGUUUGCGUCUUGUCACAGACGAUUACCUGAAAGAAAAGGUGGAGAAACACCAACUCAUCUCUGCUAAUCCAGAGCUUCAUCUGAAGCUGAAGCUGGUCAAGGACGCUCGAGGAGGGAAAAUGCCGGAGAUUAAAAAAAGCAAAAAGGAAGAGGGAGGGGCAGCGAAAGAUGGAGAAACUGAAGACAAAGAGGAUGAAGAAAAUCUUCUACCGGCUAUUCUAAAUGACAACCUGCGAUUUGGGAUGUUUGUCAAGGACCUAAUACUGAUGGUGAACGACACCGGCACUGUGGGGUACGACCCGUCAGGCAACGACUGCUUCAUGGCGUCGGUUUCCACGCAAGUUCCCAAGAACCAUGUCAGCCUGGUCACCAAGGAGAACCAGAUCUUUGUGAUUGGAGGAUUAUUUGUUGAUGAAGAGAACAAGGAGGACCCUCUGUGCUCCUACUUCCUGCAGUAUGAUCCUGUCAGUACCGACUGGCUCGGGAUGCCUCCCCUCCCGACUCCAAGGUUCUUGUUUGGGAUGGCCGAAGGUGAGAACUCCAUCUUCGUUCUGGGAGGGAAGGAACUGAAAGAUAAGGAGGGCACACUGGACACGGUUUUGGUCUAUGACAGGCAAUCGUUCAAAUGGGGUGAGUCCGAGUCAAUUCCUUACCCAGUUUAUGGACAUUCAGCCGUAUCACACAAAGAUGUUGUGUAUGUGAUAGGAGGAAAGGGAGACAACAAGAACUGCCUGAAGAGGAUGUGUUCAUAUGAUGUCAAGAGGUUUGAAUGGAAAGAGCUUGCUCCAAUGAAGACGGCACGCUCCUUAUUCGGAGCCACUCUUCAUCAAGACAAAAUAUAUGUAGCAGGAGGCGUGACCGACGACGGCCUGACAGACACAGUGGAGGUGUACGGCAUCGCUACCAAUACGUGGUCAGAUUUCGAGCCAUUUCCUCAGGAGCGAAGCUCUCUAAGUCUUGUCUCUUUGGCUGGUUCUCUCUACGCUGUGGGAGGUUUUGCCAUGAUGCCUUUAGAAGACAGCGAUGAAAUCCUUCCCAAAGAGACGAAUGACAUUUGGAGGUAUAAUGAGACGGAGAGGAAGUGGAACGGGAUUCUCAGAGAAAUUCAGUAUGCCUCUGGGGCCACAGUACUGGGGGUCCGCUUGAACACCCUGCGUCUCACCAAGAUGUGAAGCUCUGCACACUUCCUGUAUCUCAAUGAAAAUUGACUUGGAAAUAAUUGCACCAUUUUUACACUUUUCCAGGGCACAUUAAUUAUCAAAGACAUUAGGAUUUAAUGAAAGAUUGGUAAUAACAUGUUCAUUUGAUUUUCACACAGAGUUGGGGCUUUUCUAAUUAGCACUGUGGUAUAAAAAUGAUUUUUUUUUCUGCAAUAAGAUUUUUGUAUGCGUUUCUGCAAGUAAUGGAUGGUGAUUUGAACAUUUAUAUCUACAGAAUCUACAUUCUUUCACUGAACUGAAUAAAAAUUAUGAAACCAA